UGUUUAUGAACUAAGAUGGCUACCUUCACCAACCACUCAACCAAUGAGAGCAGCGAGCAAAACUGCUGCUGUCGCUUCAAGGAGGACUUCAAGUACAUCCUGCUUCCUGUCAGCUACACUCUGGUCUUCGUGAUUGGCCUAGCCCUGAACUUCACGGCCAUGUACGUGAUCCUGUUCCGUACAAAACGCUGGAAGCCCUCCACGGUGUACAUGUUCAACCUGACAGUGUGCGACACCCUCUACAUCCUCACCCUACCCUUCCUCAUCUACUACUACGCCGACGAGAACGACUGGCCCUUCAGCGAACCGUUCUGCAAACUCAUCCGCUUCCUGUUCUACGCUAACCUUUACGGUUCCAUCCUGUUCCUGUGCUGCAUCAGCCUGCACCGCUUUCUGGGUGUGUGUUACCCGAUUAGGUCCCUGAGCUGGGUCAGCGCCAGGAGAGCCCGGCUGGUGUCUGUUGCGGUGUGGGCGUGUGUGCUGAUGUGCCAGGCUCCCGUGCUCUACUUCUCACGGACCAGGGAUGAGGGAACGGAGAGGGUGUGUUUCGACACCACCAGUCCAGAGUUAUUUCAUGACUUCCUAGUGUACAGCUUGGUGGUAUCUAUGCUGCUGUUUGCCUUCCCCUUCAUGGUGGUGAUGGUGUGCUAUGGACUGAUGGUGAGGAAGCUUCUGGAGCCCACCUGGGGGGCAGGAGGGAGCCAGUCGAGGGGAGUCGGGAGGAUCGCUCCUCAUCGCUCCAAACAGAAGUCUGUGAAGAUGAUAAUCAUUGUGUUAGCAGCGUUCAUGCUGUGUUUCCUACCCUUCCACCUGACCAGAAGUCUGUACUACUUCCUCAGAUACCUGGAGCAGAUGGACCCCUCCCAGGUGAGCUGUGAGCUGCUGAAGGCGUCCAGCCUGGCCUAUAUGGUGACACGCCCCCUGGCCAGCGCCAACAGCUGUGUGGAUCCCGUCCUUUACUUCAUGGCUGGGCAGGGUUUCCGUAGCAACCUCGGCAACAAAAAUCAGAGCAUCACCAAGGAAACCAGGAAGCGUGAUGGCGGCCCUUUCGAAGCAGCACUGACUGUCAGGAGAGUCAAUCUAUGUACUGAAUAGCUACGGAACCGAGUGAACUCCAUUGGACAAUCACACUGGAAGGAUGACUGGCUCCUCUAAACGGAAUAUUAUUUAGCCCAUAUUAUUAGCCUGUUUGAAGGAGAAUGUAUGUCAUGAUAUUUUACUGAAUGUUCUUUCCCUGACUGGUAAAUACUGGGAGAUUACAACAUACAAUAGAAAUACCAGAUGUCUUGAAAGUGAGAGGGGAAUAGAGUAACUCAUUGACUUAGCUAAGGAAGCUAAAGGCAGGAAGAAAUACACUGGUUGAUGCUGAGGGUGUAGAGAGAAUAGAUGCUGUUAUAACAUGUCAGGGACGUUAGUGCUGUUAAUACUGUAAUCACAAUAAACAGUAAAUAUAUAUUUAGGGGCCGCUGAUUGUAGUGUAUCUAACAAACCUUUCUUCAGGAUUACAUACACCACACACAGACUGUAAAUCAGUCUUAAGAGGACCUCCUCGUAAGAGCAUUCAGAGAAAGUUGUUCAGCUCCAGGCAUGACUUGGGCAGGUUCUUGGGUGUGUCUGGAAAGUCAUGAAUUAACAUCCCAAAGACUCACAGAUGGAGCUGGAUAUAAUCCAGACAGAGAGCUUUAUAGAAGCAACACAGGCUCACUGCUAGCUGGCACAACUACAAAUUACUAAGAAAAAACUCAUGCUUAACCCGUAAGAGUCUAAGCCCUGUCUAAGCCGGAGGGAGAAGGAGGGGUGCAUUUUUUAAGAAGGUCAUACCAAGGAUCAUUUAGCUUUUUAAUUUUGAAUUGUAAGACCCCUUGAACUAUCAAAAAAAUACUAAAUGCAUUAAAUAACAGAUUCACUACAACAGAGUCCCCCACAAAAAACCUAAAGGAAGUUUGUUCUGAAGUGUCUAUCAUAUCUGAACGAUAUAAGACCAGGAAACAUGUGUUUGUAUGUGUUGUUUUGGACAUGUAUUUAAGCCCUUAUUUUUGACACUAGUCGCCCCAUAUACUCUACUGGUCAAAUGUUUAAGAACACCUACUCAUUCAACGGUUUUUCUUUGUUUUUAAUAUUUUCUACUUUGUAGAAUAAUAGUGAAUACAUCAAAACUAUGAAAUAACACAUAUGUAAUCAUGUUGUAACCAACAAAUUGUUGUAAC